AUGUCGCCGUACGAAGGGUGCGCGAGACGGGAAUUUCUUUUGGCUGGCCCGUGCAAAAUACCCCUCAAAUCGACCAAGUCCAUAACCGACCUGUGCCAGCCGCCGCCCUUCCCAUCCCUAUCCCCUCGUCCGCGCUCUCAACCCACGCCCUGCCGCCGUCGCCGCCGUAUUCGCUCUCCACCCACGGUACUGCUGUUGUCGCCGCCGUCCUCGCGCUCUGUCCGAGAUCCAGCCGCCGUCCUCGCGCUCCGCCCGAGAUCCAGCAGCCGUUAUCGCGCUCCGCCCGAGAUCCAGCCGCCGUCCUCGCGCUCCGCCGGAGAUCUAGCCGCCGUCCUCGCGCUCUGCCUGAGAUCCAGCCGCCGUCCUCAUGCUCAGGGAUCAACCCCCUCCCUUGAUCCCCAUCCUCCCGCCCCCAACUUCGUCCGCCAUCUUCCUCGCGCUUCUCCCCUGUCGACCCCGCCCCGGGCCCCAGCCCUGCCACGAGCUCUCCACCCGUGCUCCCCGUUCCUGCUGCCGCCGAUAGAGAUCCAUCCACGAGCUCUCCAUACCGCUGCGCCCCUCCUGAAGCCAGCCGUCUGUUGCUGCAGAUCUCCGCACAGACUCGUCUUUUCCAAUAGGAAGCGGUGGGUGACGGAAUGUCAAGGCGUCUGGUCAGAUGACCUGGGUCCGUGGCGAGUUGGUGGAUCUCGACUACAGGAACAUCAUAGAGGCAAUGAUAUUAGUUGUUCCAAUGGGAUGUAGAUAGUAGGAUCGAGACUACAAUGUCACAUGGUGGAAGCAGGAGAAAGUGAUGUGUGCUAGCCGUGAACUUAUUGGGUUGCUUGUUCCUUGUAGAAGAAUCCGUUCUGAUGAGCGGUGUAAAUAUUAGGUAAUGUCGUGAAACGUAAGGUAAUCUCUCAAGCAUAUAAGUUAGGUAUUUUACUCCUAAGUGUAAUGACAUAUGACUCUGUACCAUUCGAUUGCAUAUCUUAAUAUUCCCAAAAUAUUCUAAUUACCUUUACAUUCUGGGAGGGUGGUACUAAGCUAUUAAAUGAUACACAAUGGGAAUAGAGUGGGCAUUUACUUUAUUUGGUUGUAAAUACGAGCUUGGGUUUUUCAGGUAGCAUCUUAUAGAAAGCAAAUUAUAUUUGGUGCAAAAUUUACUGUAUUUGAAUUGUAACAAUGGUGAUCUAUUAUUUAGAUGGGUGUACUUCAGUGCUCCUAUUUCUAACAUGUCUUACAAGUUAUUGCUGCAAUAUGCGGAAUUUAGAGCUGGUACUGGUAAUGUGUGAUUUGACUGAUGCAAACUAAAAAUCUCACUGCAAUACAAGUAUUCUUUUUAAUUGUCCGAUGGCAAAAUAGGUAAAUAGCUUGUGAGCAGACAUUCUGAACCAACUAUGUCGCGAAUGACUAUGAGGCCUUCCUGCUUUUCCAUACCUGUAAUACUCUUCUAUUUUCAUUUCAGUUUUGUACUAUCUUGGCCCUGGGGUUGUGGCUGUUGCACAUGCUCUAGGAAACAAUCUCCCAGUUUUCUGCUCGAAUUGACAGAAAGUUGGAAAUGCGGAGAUUGUAUACAUAUGUGUCGCCCAAUUUUGAUUAGCUCUUUAUUUUGCUGGAAUUUCGAUUAGCUCUUUUUUUCUGGAAUUUUAAUGAGCUCUUUUGAAGUCCAUGACCCUCUCUAGGAAGUCAGAAAUUUCAUUCAUUCCUUAGACAUGAGAUAUUGCACACUUGCAUGCAUAGUUUAAGGAACAAACAUCAUAUCUGGCUGUAUAUGCCAAGGCGUUGGACCUAGAAUUGUGUUGUUUUAGGCUAAUUUGGUAGUAGAUCUUCUAUUCUCUAAACUUAAGGACCAGCCCAAAGAAGAAUUGUCAUGAUUCUCCAACCAUUUAAUGUGUGAUGUUGAGCACGUAGUGCUAUCUGAAACAAUAAGAAAAUCUCGAGGUGCUUUUAACACAUUACACAUGUAGAAUGUGGACUGCUAGGAGAUAUGCAUUUAACAGUCAUGUAGAUUGAAUGGCAUCUUCAUGUAACAUAGCUGAGUAUUAGUUUUAUCUUGAAAGUAUAUGCUAACUUCUGCAGGUUCAAAUCACUCGGAAGAAUAUGAGAAGUGGGUAUAGGAGGAGCUCGAACAUUAGAGUGGCAGGGGUGGAGCAAAUGAUUACAGGGCCUAUCAGCAGCUGGGCAUGGGCGUGGUGGCGGAUGGAGUGGGAGACUUGGACAUGAGCAUGCACCGCGGAGCUGCAGGUGCUUGGUUGAUUGGCGAUCCGAUGCUAGGGAGAAGAAGAUCAGGAAGGAAGUUGUGUGUAGAAUGAUGUUUUCUCUGGAGAAAGGAAAAAAGGAAGAUGCAAGAUGCAAGAUAGUAAAAGAGAGGGCGUGCAGGCUCAGGACCAGCCAACUUAAUUGUAAUCAUGAAUCUUAUGUGUGUUCUGGACUGGUGCUCAAGUGUUCUGGAGUAGAAAUCUUGUGGUCAUGGAUAUUACUCAAUUGUUUGGACCAUUUAGUGUUUGAACUAUUUUAGAGCAGCGAAUAGGGGUCCUUUUAUGUGAUUUGUGUUUUCUGGAUGGUUGCCAAGAUGGCCAAACUUUGCUUUUGUGAAGAUUGACUUGUGUUUGAACCUGUGAACAAUAUGUGUGUGUGUAUUUUUGUUACCAUUUUAUCAAUGAUCGUGCAAUGUGUUCAUCUUGA